GCGUUGGGAGGCUUCCGUGUCAGAGAGACGACCGACGCCACACAGGCAGGAUGCGGACCGCUGUGGUACUUGCGGUUCUGCUGGGGGUGUGCGCGGCUGCUAAACUAGACGGUCUGCAGCACCACAACCACAACAACGACCAUGACCACCACCACGACGACCACCAUAACCAUGAAGAUGUCGACCACGCCCACACUCACACUGAAGGCACCAACAAUCCCCCUGAGAACGCCCACCGCACUGAUGGUGUCGCGCACGCUGAGAGAGACACCCUGAAAGAAAGGUUCAACAUACAGGCUGGCUCCAUCCACCACCAGGAGUUCUCGGCGGGCAAGCCAGGGGGAGAGUCUGCCGUCCAGGGAAGCUAUUCAUGGAAAGCACCUAACGGGGAGACCUUCACUGUGAAGUACGUGGCUGACAAACUAGGCUUCAGGCCAACCAUCCACCGCAGCGGGUCGUCUUCCUCCACUUCUAAGACGCUCCCGAUCUCAGAAGACUCACGCUCUCCAGCGAGGACCUUCAAUCAUCUUCAGGGCAGCGCUAAGAAGUCCCCCAGUGAAGGUGACGGCAGCGGCUGUGCUGAGGGCGACGGAACCUCUACUGCGUGUAGAACUGAAACUCCACAGCAGAAAGUUGGUACAAUCCGCCCACAGCACACCUCCAGCUCGUCUGGUUCACUAGGUUCACGGUUGCCGCCUGGUCCAUUCACCUCACAGCACUCUUCCGGAUCACUGACCUCAUCUCAGUCCUCUGGUUCCGCCGGUUCACGUAAUACCCAUGGCUCGGCUGGUUCACAACUUACUAACUCGACUGGUUCACAAGGGUUCUCUGGGUCAUCUGGUUUACAGCAAUCCUCUGGUUCUGUUAGAUCCCAACAGUCUAAUUCUGGUUCACUGGGAUUACAUAGAUUUUCAAUUUCGUCUAGGAAACAAGAGUCCUCUGGUUCUCUUGGUUCACAACACUUCUCUGGUUCAUCAGGGAGCACACAACAGUCUUCUGGUUCUUCAGGUUCACACUCCUCUGGUUCAUUAGGUGUACAACAGUCCUCUGGUUCGUCUGGCUCAUCACAAUUUUCUGGUUCAUCAGGAGGCGGACAACAGUCUUUUGGUUCAUCUGGUUCAUCGCAUUUCUCUAGUUCACUGAAUACACAGGGUGGUUCACUUGGUUCAUCGCACUUUUCUGGAUCAUCAGGACGCACACAUCAGUCCUCUGGUUCAUCUGGUUCACAGCGAGUCUCUGGUUUGUCAGGGAGCACACAACAAUUCUCUGGUUCAUCUGGUUCACAACACGUUUCUGGUUCAUUGAAUACACAACACUCGUCUGGUUCGUCUCGUUCACAAGACGUCUCUGGUUCGUCAUUUGGUUCACAUCGAUUCUCUGGUUCAUCAGGGAGGACACAACAGUCCCGUGGUUCUUCUGGUUCAUUAGGUGUACAACAAUCUUCUGGUUCAUUAGGUUCAACACACUUCUCUGGUUCAUCAAGCACGCAGCAAUCCUCUGGUUCAUCUGGUUCACACUUUUCUGGUUCAUUGGGUACAGAACAGUCCCCUGGGUCAUCUGGUUCACAGUCCUCUGGUUCACUAAGCGUACAUGAGUCCUCUAGUUUAUCUGGUUCAUCACAGUUCUCUGGUUCACCAGGCACACAGCAGUCCUCAAGUUCAUCUGGUUCAUCACACUUAUCUGGUUCAUCAGGUACAGAGCAGUCCUUUGGGUCAUCAGGUUCACAUCGAUUCUCUGGUUCAUCAGGCGCACGACAGUCCUCUGGUUCGUCUGGUUCAUCCCAUUCCUCUGGUUUAUCAGGCACACAACAGUCAUCUGGUUCGUCUGGUUCAUCACACUUCUCUGAUUCAUUAAACACACAACAGUCCUCUGGUUCGUCUGGUUCAUCACAUUUCUCUGGUUCAUCGGCUACAGAACAGUCCUCUGGUUCGUCUGGUUCAUCACACUUCUCUAGUUUACCAGGCACACAACAGUCCUCAAGUUCAUCUGGUUCAUCACACUUAUCUGGUUCAUCAGGUACAGAGCAGUCCUUUGGGUCAUCAGGUUCACAUCGAUUCUCUGGUUCAUCAGGUACACGACAGUCCUCUGGUUCGUCUGGUUCAUCCCAUUCCUCUGAUUCAUUAGACACACAACAGUCAUCUAGUUCGUCUGGUUCAUCACACUUCUCUGGUUCAUUAGACACACAACAAUCCUCUGGUUCGUCUGGUUCAUCACAUUUCUCUGGUUCAUCAGCUACAGAACAGUCCUCUGGUUCGUCUGGUUCAUCACACUUCUCUGGUUCAUUAGACACACAACAGUCCUCUGGUUCGUCUGGUUCAUCACAUUCCUCUGGUUCAUCGGCUACAGAACAGUCCUCUGGUUCGUCUGGUUCAUCACACUUCUCUGGUUCAUUAAACACACAACAUUCCUCUGGUUCGUCUGGUUCAUCUCAUUCCUCUGGUUCAUCGGCUACAGAACAGUCCUCUGGUUCAUCUGGUACACAUAGAUUCUCUGGUUCAUCAGGCACACAACAGUCCUCUGGUUCGUCUGGUUUACAGCACAUCUCUGGUUCAUUAGGUGUACAACAGGCCUCUGGUUCAUCAGGCACACAACACUCUGAUUCGUCUGGUACGCAAAACCUCUCUGGUUCAUUAGGUGUACAACAGUCCUCUGGUUUGUCGGGUUCGCAACAUAUCUCUGGUUCAACAGACACACAACAAUCUUCUGAUUCAUCUGGUUCACACCUCUCUGGUUCAUUCAACGAACAAGUAUCCUUUGGUUCAUCUGGUUCAUCACAUUUCUCUGGCUCAUCGGGUACAGAACAGUCUUCUGGUUCGUCUGGCUCAUCACACUUCUCUGGUUCAUCAGGCACACAACAUUCUUCUAGUUCAUUUGGUUCAUCUCACUCCUUUGGUUCAUCAGGGAGCACACAACAGUCCUCUGGUUCAUCUGAUGCAUCACAUUUCUCUGGUUCAUCAGAUAUAGAACAAUCCUCUGGAUCAUCUGGUUCACAGCAAUUCUCUGGUUCGUCAGGGAGCACACAACAGUCCUCUGAUUCAUCUGGUUCAGUAGGUGUACAACAUUCCUUUGGUUCAUCUGGUUUAUCAGACACACAGCAGUCCUCUGAUUCGUCUGCCUCAUUUGGUUCCCAGCAUUCUUCUGGUUCUCUUGAGUCACAGUCUUCUAGUUCUGGUUCUCAACAAUCUUUUGAUUCAUCUGUCUCGCAGCAUUCCUUUGGUUCAGCUGGUUCUGAACAGUCUGUAGAUACAUCAGGUUUACAGCACUCCUUUGGGUCAUCUGGUUCAGAACAUCGUUUUGGUUCCUCGGUCUCUCAGGAGUCUUCUGGUUCAUCUGGGUCACAGCAGUCCUCUGGUUCGUCCGGUUUACACCAGUCUUUCAGUUCAUCUGAUUCCCGUCAGCCUUCUGGUUCCUUUGAGUCACAGCAGUCCUUUGGUUCAUCCGGCUCCCAACAUUCUUUGAGUUCACUUGGUUCACAACAGGCUACUGGUUCAUCUGAUUCACAACAGGCUACUGAUGUAUCUGAUUCCCGGCAGUCUGUUGGUUUAUCUGGUUCAGAACAAGAGUUAGGUUCAUCUAGUUCACAACAGGAGUUUGGUUCAUCUGGAUCACAGCAAUCUGCAGUUUCAUCUGAUACAGAACAAUCCAGUGUUUCAUCUGGUUCACAACUAUCUUUUGGCUUGUCUAGUUCACAUCAAUCUUCUGUUUCAUUUGGUUCACAACAACAACAGUCUACUGACUCAUUCGGAUCACAAGAGUCUUCUGGUUCCUCUGUUUCUCAGGAUUCCUCUGAUUCACAGAGUAUACCUUUCCAAUCUGAUGUGCAUAGUUCAGCUGGUUCAGUUAGCAUACCUGGUACUCAUCAUCCUGUUGGUACACUUAGUACAGAUCAUUCUGCAGGCACACUUGACUCACAAAACUUGGAGGAAUCAACAGACUCUCAAAGUACUGUGUCAUCAUUUGGCUCCACUCAGUCCCUGUCCACCUCCUCGACUGUAUCAGGCUCAGAGGCAACCAGUGGACAGCACGGUGACCUCUCAGUGGUCCUGGCUGGAGAUGGAGCACAAAUAGGACAGACUGAGAAUGAAAAGACAGGGUCUGGAUCGUCCUUAACUGGUUUCGAGUCGGGAACAUCAGUCUCAUCUCAUUCUCAGUCAUCUGUUGGACUUACGGCAGGGACUGGAACAUCUGUAGUCCCCGAAACUCCUGUAGGAACUGCUACCGUUACCUCUGGGACGUCGGUAGGAACAUCUGGUGAAUCUAGUGUUGAUUCUGUGUCAGGUUCCCAGACUUCCCUUGGUGUGGCGACGCAAACUUUUAAUUCUGAGCGUCCCAUUGACUCCCCCUCAGAUUCAAUAGAUUCUCAUUCACGAUUCUCUUCAGCAUCCUCUACUGAUUCUAAGUCUGAUGUCACAGUUUCUUCAUCCACUGUGCAGGGUUCAGCAGCAGAAAGCCAUGGUGCCUCUGGUUCUAUUUCUGGUUCUUUAUCAGUUGCUUCAGAUAGUGAUGAUAGACUGACUUCUUUUGGCGGCGGUUCUGUGACUUCCCUUACUUCAUCUGACAAGCAAGCGGUGGCACAGACUGACUCAUCUGCUUCGCAGCAGUCUUCAGAUUCAUUCAGCUCUCAACGUCCAUCUGGUUUACCUGGCUUACAAACUCUCUCCGGUUCACCUAAUCCACAGGGCCCUUCAGGCUCUUUUCUAACCCAUCAGUUUAGCUCCCUCGGUUCUAGGGAUCCCUAUGGUUUCUUUGGUUCACAAGUGCCGUUCGGCUUUUAUGGAUUACAAUUUCCUUACGGUUCAGUUGAAGCACUCAGAACGCGUGAUCCACAAGGCAUUUACCACAUGCUUUACCCCAUAGACUUCUAUCACGUGCACCUUCCUUAUUACACGCACUCGAGGGCCCCACACGCCUCCCUUCGCCCUGCCAACUCUCCUGGCUUCCAGCCUUCAUCCAAUACAUCUCCUUCACUGCAUCCGUCUCCAUUCAACUCACCUGCUGGCUCACCUGUUGGCUCUAAAUCAUCGGGUUCACCUAACGCAGCUGGUUCAGUUGAUUCACUACCGGUGGUUGGUGUUCCUGGUUCAUCUCUAUCGUCUACUUCUCUCGGUUCGUCCAGUACACAUAGUUCUGUAACUUCAUCAGGUACAUUCGGUUCAUCUGUAACGUCUGAUUCUCUUGUUUCUGGUUCAUUUGACUCAACAGGUGCGUCUGGUUCGAGUUUUGUUGAAGGUGCAUCUGGUUCACAAGGCUCUGUUGAUUCAUCUGCUACAUCUGAUUCACGAGGUACUUUCGGUUCAUUUGACUUAUCUACUGUGUCUGAUUCGAGUUUUGUUGAAGGUGCAUCUGGUUCACAAAGCUCUGCUGGUUCAUCCGCUACAUCAUCUCAUUCACAAGGUACUUUCGGUUCAACUGGGGGACCUAACUCACCUAGUACUUCAGACUUACCUGUUCCCAGUGCACCUGGUUCAAGUGGUUCGCCUAGUUCAGAUAUUACUCCUGACCCCAAUGCAGUCUUUGGUUCUCCUGACACCAGUGGUACAUUUUCACCUGUUUUAAUAGAAACACGUGGUUCACAAAGUCUUUCUGGUUCAGUUGAUGUUUCUGACUCAUCCGAUAGUGCGUCAGGUAUUCAUGGUUCAUCUGGUUCACCUCCAGUAUCAAGUACAUUAGGCAUACCCGGUUCGCCUAACUCUUCACCUGAUUUUCCUGCUAUAUUAGGUUCACCUGUAACUCCUGACAUACCUGGUUCACCUACAUUAACUGGUUCAUCUGUCUCCUUAACUGAUACACCUGUCGGACAACACUCUCAUGGUUUGUUUGGUUCACAGCACACUGAAAAUGAAGGGUUAGAGGCUCGCCAGGAGUCACUACCUGGUUCUGUUCAAUCCACAUCCACUUCUUCAUCGUCUCUGUUCUUGAAAGUAGGCAGUGGACAGGACGAGAACCCGUCAGUGGUUCUGGCGCGUGGCGGAGCACAAGGGCAGGUUCGCUCACAAAGUUUCCUAAGUAAAUCUGGUUCAUCUGGCUCCAUUUCUUCGUCAGAUACAUCUAAUCUUCCUAGCGGUUCACUUAGUAAGCCCGGUUCACAAGACUUAACCAGUGCCACGGAUGCAGUAGCAGGUGUGUCUGGUUCUAGUGAUUCUGGUUCAUCUGUGGUGCUUGGCUCACAGCAUCACACAGAUUCUGUUGGGACACGUGGUUCAUCUGAUGUGUCUGAUGCAUCUACUGCUGGUUCACCGGAAUUACAUUCCUUAAGUUCAUCUGGUACUGGUACUACAUCAUCUCACACGGUUCACUCAUCUGGUUCAUCUAGCUUGCAAGAUACGACUGGUUCUGCUGUUCUACUACAACACACUGGCUCUUCUGGUUCACUUAGUACUCUCGGUUCACUUGAUGCAGCUGGUUCACCUGAUGGUUCUAGCUCACUCAGUUCAUCUCACACACUUAAAACACUCAAUACUUCUGGUUCUGAUGCGCCCAAUACAAUUGGUUCACCAGGUUCACUUGUCACAUCAGAUUCAUCCAUUCCUCACGGUUCACAAGUUUUAUCUGACACAUCUGGUUCACUCAGUAAUGCAGACUCACUAAAUAUUCCUGGUUCACUUGAUUCUUCUGUUUCUCAAGGUACUUCUAGCUCAUUUGGGCAUGGUUCAGGCAGUUUUUCUGGUUCACUCAGUGGUAUUUCUGGUUCACUUGACUCUUCUGUUUCUCAAGAUACUUCAAGUUCAUUUGGUCAUGGUUCAGGCAGUACUUCUGGUUCAUUCAGUGGUAUUUCUGGUUCACUUGACUCUUCUGUUUCUCAAGAUACUUCAAGUUCAUUUGGUCAUGGUUCAGGCAGUACUUCUGGUUCAUUCAGUGGUAUUUCUGGUUCACUUGACUCUUCUGUUUCUCAAGGUACUUCUGGCUCAUUUGGGCAUGGUUCAGGCAGUUCUUUUGGUUCAUUCAGUGGUGUUUCUGGUUCACUUGACUCUUCUGUUUCUCAAGAUACUUCAAGUUCAUUUGGUCAUGGUUCAGGCAGUACUUCUGGUUCAUUCAGUGGUAUUUCUAGUUCACUUGACUCCUCUGUUUCUCACGGUACCUCUAGUUCAAUUGGUUCAAGCGGUGCUUCUGGUUCCCCUGGUGCAGCUGAAGUGGGAGGGAACGUAGCAGUGGUUCUGGCACACGGAGACACACGUCAGGAACGGGUUCAAGGACAGAACCAACAAACAGCCUUUCAAGUACGAUCUGACACAACCUCUAGUUCAUCAACAAGACUCACACCAGACACUCAGAUAACUUCCGAAGACGCGACUGUUGAACUCCAGCCCUCCGCUAUGCUUUCUCCAGUUGGCCCGCCCAUCACACUUCAUUCAACUGGCUCACCAAACUCACUCCAGUCCACCGGUUCACAGCUCUCGUCCUCCAGUUCUCAUGGUUCUGAACAGACUGGUGUUCUACUGGGUUCACAGCAUCUCACUCCUUCUCCUGCCGCUGGUUCAGCUGAGAUACAAGGUUCACACAUCUUGCGUCCUGCUGGUUCAUCGGAGGUACCUGAUUCACCUGGUGUAGUUUCAUCUGGUACUUCAUCUGACUGUUCUGGUUCGUUUGGUAUUUCUGGUUCUGUUGAUGUUCAUAGUACACUUGGUUUGAGUGGUUCUGCUAGUGUAGCUGGUUCAACGGAUUCAUCUGAUAGUAUUGGUUCAUCUGUUUCACAUGGUAUAAGUGGUUCACCUGGCUUCGUUUCGCCUGGUACUAAUGAUAAAUCUACUUCACCUGAUGUUUCUGGUUCGCCUGAUUUAACUGAUCCACUUGGUUCGCCAGUUGUAAUAGAUAAGCCCGGCACACGAGUCUUAUCAAUUACAUCUGGUUCUUCUAGUUUAUCUGGUUCAUCUGGUUCAUCUGGUUCAUCCAUCCCACGACACCCAGAAGGACCACCAGGGUUAGGAGGCCGACAGGAUUCAUUACAUGGUCUCACUCAGGUCCCGUCCACCUUCUUGUCUGUGCCGGGCUUUGAGGUGACGACUGGCCAGAAUGAGGGCUUGUCAGUGGUCCUGGCGAGGGGUGGAGCACAGCAAGGGCAGUCUCGUGGUCAGCAAGUGUCGCAAAGUUUUGGUGAGAGGAGACAUUCUGGUGUAAAUUCUGGGUCAUCUACUUCUGGUUUCAGUGUAGUGCAAAAACUUCAGGGUUCACCAGUGCGUAAGUCACAUACGCAAUCAUCGCACUCACAAAAUUCUUUCGGGUCUCAGUUUUCUGUAAGCUCCAAUGCAGGCUCCACCUCCGGGUCUAGAGUGGCUUCCCUAGACAGAGCUGGCCAGGAAUCACAAGGGUCAGGCUUUGUGUCCGGCAGCGCGGCACAAGGCGCUGGUGUGAACUCCGUCAGUGGUGUGGUGUCGUCAUCCGGUGCGGCUUUCAGACACAUUCAGUCACACACUUCUGGAAGACAAAACGUGCAAAAAUUUAAUGGUGCCUCAGUGUCUCACCAUUCCUCUAGUUCCUCUGUCCCUGGUUCACUUACAUCAGGACCCAGCGUGUUACUCGGUAUGCUCAAACCUACUAAUGAAGGUGGCUUUAGCACUUCCACUCAGCAUUUCAGGAAAUCGUCUUCACUUCCCUCUGAAACAAGCUCGAGGUCUUCCGCUGCAGACAGGAGUGUUGCUGCUAUUCUCGGGGGACAAAGAGGUUCGGGAGUCACUCGUAAUUUUGGACAUAAUGGUUCUUCAUUUGCCACUCACCGCUUCAAUUUCAAAUCGUCCCACGGAAGCAGCAGCAGCACUAACAGUCACAGCGGUGGAUCUCAGCAGUUUCACAGAGGCACAGUGACGUCUCAAGGGAAAGGAGGCGUACAUGUAGAUUCUCGUCCGCCCUCUAUCGUCCGCGUCUCUCCCAUCACGUCAUUAGGGAGCCUCUCUCGCCCCAUCACGUCACUAGGGAGCCUCUCUCGUCACUCAUCGUCCGGUGUUGAUAGUCAGGCGAGAAAAAUCCAGCAGAGUCUUACUUCCGCACCAGCAGAGGCACCAGCGUUUAUACCAGUACAAGCUGCAAAACUUGAAGCCUCAUUUUCUGAUAGGCGGCCAAGUUCUAGCCUCAAGCUUUCAUCACAGCAAAGUCAAGCCAAUGCCGAUGGGGGUCUCUUGACGGUCAGAAAUCCUGGGAGCUUCGUCCUGCAGGGGCAGCCAUUAACCACGCACAGAUUUGGUACCAGCAAGAGUGGAUUCUCUCAGUCUUCUUCUGUCAACUUGAGGAAACACAGUUUGAGAAGAAGCGGCAGCCACAAGGGUGGGAACGUCGCUGUAGUGCUGGCUCGUCCUCUCACUCACCAGUGACCGAACACCCCGCACAAGGUCGCGGGGGAAGUGUUUGGCUGAAGGGAUGAGAGUACAAACUAGUUGCUGGCACUGAUUCUGAGGCAAUGCUGCAUUAUAAUGUGUUCUGUUUGGAUUGCUGUACUAACCUGCCGGGGAAACCCACCACACGUUAAUUUGUAAUACGUACACGCGCUGUUGACUUUGUUGUAAAUAAACCUUUAAAGAAA